CUGUGUCAUGUCUCUAUAAAUACCAGCAGAAGCUUUAACUUCUUCUUUGGACCUCUGGGGUGGACAGAAGACACAGACUUAGUGAAAUAUUUACAGAUCCAAAUUAAGAUGUUUUCCUGGGUAACCUCCUGCUUGAAGAAUACAACAGAAGUGCCUAACCAGAAUCAACCCAGUCCAAAUAGUUCAGGACAACCAACUGGAAAUCAUGCAGAUGAUAAACCCAAGACGAGUUUUGUGUUUAAGUUGCAGAAAUCUGUCAGCCUGAGCACCGCUGGUCACUCCAGGCCAAAUGUCAAGGAUGCAAAGGUCCUGGUCAUAAACACCGGAGGAACCAUUGGUAUGAUGGAACAUGAAAACGUUUUGUCUCCAGAGGCUAAUGUUUUUGUUAAAACUCUACGCAAACUCUCUAUUCUGCAUGAUAAGCAGUACGCACAACAAAAGAGACUGAAAAAGGAAAUGCUGGUGCUGCCACAGUCCAAACAGAAGAAGAGGAUUGAAUAUACGGUUUUAGAGUACUCCCCCCUCCUUGACUCCAGUAAUAUGGGUAAAGACGACUGGGCCCGUAUCGCAAAAGACAUUGAGGAAAACUAUGAUCGAUAUGAUGGUUUUGUCGUCCUGCAUGGUACAGACACCAUGGCUUACACCACUUCUGCCUUAUCCUUCAUGUGUGAGAAUCUGGGAAAGCCUGUCAUCUUCACUGGCUCACAGGUGCCCAUCUUUGAGACGAGGAAUGAUGGGAGGGAGAACCUCUUGGGGGCGCUGUUGAUAGCAGGAGAGUUUGUCAUCCCUGAGGUUUGCCUGUAUUUUCACCAUAAGCUCUACAGGGGCAAUCGUGUCACCAAAGUGGACUCUGGAAGCUUUAAAGCAUUUAAUUCACCAAACCUGCCGCCGUUAGCCAUCGCUGAAGUCGACAUCAAAGUUAACUGGGACACUGUGGCGCGAGCCAAUCCAAACGCCAAAUUCACUGUCAACACACAAUGGAACAGUAACGUGGGUCUCCUGCGACUCUUCCCAGGAAUCACUGCCAAUACAGUCAAGGCCUUCUUAGAGCCGAUGGACGGGAUCGUGUUGGAGACUUACGGCAGCGGUAACGCCCCUAACAACCGCGCUGACCUGCUGGAUGAGAUCCGUAAAGCGACCGAGAGAGGAGUCAUCAUGAUCAACUGCACCCAGUGCCUGCAGGGCACGGUCACGACCACAUACGCCACCGGACAGGCUCUGCAUGAAGCCGGUGUGGUCGCUGGGUGUGAUAUGACCGCAGAAGCUGCUUUUUCAAAACUCUCCUAUGUGCUGGCAAAACAAGGCCUCAGUACAGAAGAGAAGAAGGAGAUGCUGAUGCGCAAUCUACGUGGUGAGAUGACACCUGACCUGGCUGACAGUCAUUGUGUAGAGGUCAUCGCCCAGAACCUCAGUAUUAGCCGUAAAAAGGUAAUGUAA